UUUUUUCUUGGCUGCCAUCCAUUUAUUUAUUUUAAUGGGCUAUGCCAUCUCUGUCUGUUGAGGCAAUGGUUGGUGCUGGAGGGCAGUCAGAUUCAUGAGAGCUCGCCAUUUCGAUCUGAAAUCAAUUCAAUUUCUUUCUUAGAAUCUUCACCUCCCCUCGCAAAACCCGCCAUGCCGAUCUAUAUAUCUCCCCUACAUCGCUAAUUGUCCGAAUCCUUGUUGCUGUGGAUCUCUUGGCUGAAAUCCAUCAAUCCUUGUUCUGCUUCUGUUUUACUUGCUCCAAUGGCGGCUUUGGCGGCGGCUUCUCCUCUCUGCACGUGGCUUGUGGCAGCGUGCAUGUCGGUUUCGUGUGAGAAGGAUCGGUCGUCGUCUGGUAGGAGGGCGAAGAGGAGGACGGCGGCGGCGGCGAGGGGAGGAAUGAGAAUGGGAGGACGAGAUUCGUCCGUGGGUUUGAUCUCUGCGUUUUGUGGAUCGGGGAUUCAGGGGUUGAUCAGCUCCUUAGAGCCGUGUUCUGAAUUCUACAGUUCGAGAAAUGCGUCACCCUUUUUUGGAGGGAAUGGGUUUCUGCUGUGUAGGCGUUGGAAGACGGAGGCCAAUCGAAGGCAGAAGAUGUCGUCACGCUCUUCUGCUCUUACAGGAAAAGCGUUGGCUGUGGCUGUUGAAACUGCAAAGCCUGUUGUUGAAAAGAAAAUAAUAAAUGCUAAACAGAGGAGAGUUGCUGUUACUGGUAUGGGUGUGGUAACUCCAUUAGGUCAUGAUGCUGAUGUGUUCUACAAUAAUCUCCUUGAGGGGUUUUCCGGUAUAAGUGAGAUAGAAACAUUUGACUGUGCUAAUUAUCCAACGAGAAUUGCUGGAGAAAUAAAGUCUUUCUCAACAGAUGGAUGGGUUGCUCCAAAAUUAUCCAAGCGGAUGGACAAAUUCAUGCUCUACUUGCUCACAGCUGGCAAAAAGGCGCUGGCCAAUGGUGGUGUUACAGAAGAGGUGCUGAGCCAGUUAGACAAGUCAAGAUGUGGAGUUCUCAUAGGUUCAGCAAUGGGCGGAAUGAAGGUUUUCAAUGAUGCUAUUGAGGCGUUGAGGGUUUCGUACAAGAAGAUGAACCCAUUUUGUGUACCAUUUGCAACAACAAAUAUGGGUUCUGCCAUGCUUGCAAUGGAUCUGGGUUGGAUGGGUCCAAAUUACUCAAUCUCAACUGCUUGUGCUACUAGCAACUUCUGUAUUCUGAAUGCAGCAAAUCAUAUUUUAAGAGGGGAAGCUGACAUGAUGCUUUGUGGUGGUUCAGACGCAGCAAUUAUACCAAUUGGAUUGGGAGGUUUUGUUGCAUGUAAGGCACUUUCACAGAGGAAUAAUGAUCCAGCAAAAGCUUCACGCCCUUGGGAUGUGGACCGUGAUGGAUUUGUUAUGGGCGAAGGAGCUGGUGUGCUGCUUUUGGAAGAUCUUGAGCAUGCCAAGCAAAGAGGAGCUAUUAUUUAUGCUGAGUUUUUAGGGGGAAGCUUCACCUGUGAUGCAUAUCACAUGACUGAACCGCAUCCUGAGGGGGCUGGGAUUAUUCUGUGUAUUGAGAAGGCACUAUCAGAAUAUGGGAUAGCCAGAGAGGAUGUAAACUAUGUAAAUGCUCAUGCAACUUCAACACUUUCUGGAGAUGUGAAAGAGUACCAAGCUCUUAUUCGUUGUUUCGGUCAGAAUCCUGAGCUAAGAGUCAACUCUACAAAAUCAAUGAUUGGUCAUCUUCUUGGCGCUUCAGGUGCGGUAGAAGCCAUUGCCACAAUACAGGCAAUUCGUACAGGAUUGGUUCAUCCGAAUAUCAACCUUGAAAAUCCAGAUAAGAAUGUGGAUACACGUGUCCUUGUGGGCUCUAAAAAGGAGCAUUUGAAUAUAAAGGUGGCAUUGUCCAACUCUUUUGGAUUUGGUGGUCACAAUUCUUCAAUUCUAUUUGGUCCCUACAAAUAAUCACUUCAUGUUGGUCAGAACCUAUAAUAUAUAUAUAUAUAUUUUUUUAACCUUAAUAUUUUCUUGAUUAUGUUAGAUUCUUAGAUAGAAUACUUAUGAAUGUGCUAUUUGAUUAAAAAAAAUGAUAUUUCUAAAGAAAGAAGCUCAUCUUUGAGCUUUUUCAGGCAAUUUUCUUUUCUUUUCUUAGGAGAAUGUAUGCGUUGAGUUUAGUUGCAUGGGUUGCCAAAUAUUAAUGAAGUACCAAGUAAUGGGCUAA